AUGCAGCCUAGCUCAGGAAAAAACGUGAAUCAACGGAUUGCUAGAAUCUCCGCUCAUCUCGACCCUCCAGAUCUCCACAUGGAGAAUACUGCCAGUGUCAGCCGCUUGAAUUGCCGCGCCAAGGGCGGCGCCGCCGGUUUCAGAGUAGCCGUACUCGGAGCAGCAGGCGGCAUAGGACAGCCUCUCGCCAUGCUCAUGAAGAUGAACCCGUUGGUCUCCGUUCUCCAUCUGUACGACGUCGUGAACACCCCUGGCGUCACCUCCGAUAUCAGCCACAUGGACACCGGCGCCGUCGUGCGUGGAUUUUUGGGGCAGCAGCAGCUGGAGGAAGCGCUGACCGGAGUGGAUUUGGUGAUCAUUCCCGCCGGCGUGCCCCGAAAACCAGGCAUGACAAGGGACGAUUUGUUCAACAUCAAUGCCGGAAUCGUCAGGACGCUUAGUGAAGCAAUCGCUAAGUGCUGUCCAAACGCCAUUGUCAACGUGAUUAGCAACCCUGUGAACUCCACUGUUCCCAUUGCAGCUGAAGUUUUCAAAAAAGCUGGCACCUUUGAUCCUAAGAAGCUAUUGGGUGUCACCAUGCUUGAUGUUGUUAGAGCCAAUACUUUUGUGGCAGAGGUUCUGGGGCUUGAUCCUAGGGACGUUAAUGUGCCUGUUGUUGGGGGUCAUGCAGGGGUUACAAUUUUGCCUCUUUUGUCUCAGGUUAAGCCUCCAUGCUCUUUCACCCCAAAAGAAGUUGAUUACCUAACAGAUCGCAUUCAGAAUGGUGGAACUGAGGUUGUUGAGGCCAAAGCUGGAGCUGGUUCUGCAACAUUAUCAAUGGCAUAUGCUGCUGUUAAAUUUGCAGAUGCAUGCCUCCGUGGCUUGCGAGGAGAUGCCAGCGUUGUCGAAUGUGCAUUUGUGGCUUCUCAGGUGACUGAACUUCCCUUCUUUGCAUCCAAGGUAAGGCUUGGCCGUAUUGGAGUUGAGGAAAUAUAUCCUCUUGGCCCCCUGAAUGAGUACGAGAGGGCUGGCUUGGAGAAGGCAAAGAAAGAAUUGGAAUCAAGCAUUCAGAAGGGGGUUUCUUUCGUCAGAAAAUGA